AUGCAGCAGUCGCGAGAGGACAUUGCGCGAGCUAUACGUGAACGGAAGAAUCUUGCAUAUCUUAAUGACUCGCUGUCUGUAUGUGCAGAUGAAAACAAGUCGAUUGUACGUAAGCUCAAUUUUACUGGCUGUGUCCUUGAUGAGAACGAUGUAUUGCAAGGAGAGGAAGAGAAGAAGGAGCAGUCACAACAGACCGAACGGGACGUUAGAAACCACGUGCAGAUCGCCAUUCGUCUACGACCACCAGAGGAAGCUGCUAAUGGUAGUGGAAGUGAGUGUUUCCGUGUACUAUCAGACGUGACGUUACUGGCGCAGCCGCCCAAGACGUCGCAGUCCUAUCGAUCCACUGGCACCGCCACGAGCUUCCACUUUUCACGUAUUUUUACACAGAAAACGCACCAGACGGAGUUGUUUGAGGCCACGACGAAACCUGUUCUUGAUGCAGCGUUUGAUGGGAAAAGCGGACUUGUAUUCGCUUACGGAGUUACGAAUUCCGGCAAGACGUAUACGAUCAGUGGCACGAGCGACGCACCCGGUGUAUUACCACAAUCUUUGCAGUACGUGAUGGAUGAACUUCCAAGACGCAAAAAAAAUGGCGUAGAGCCCGUGACGAGAGUAACAGCAACGUACCUUGAGAUUUACAACGAAAAUGUGUACGAUUUGUUGUCGCCCGCUCUUCGGAAAAGGAGAGCACUCCGUGUCCAGGAGUGCGACGGAAAAAUUCAGGUGCGAGGAGCAGUAGAAAAGACCAUCAAGACGCUGGAAGAGGGACUUGGUCUGCUGGAAAUGGGUCGGCGACACAAACAGAUGGCCGAAACUAAUUGCAACUUGGACUCGAGUCGCAGCCACUGCGUCUUUACGCUGCAAUUUUACCAGCAAGUGUCACGGUUUUCGUCACACCUUCGUAGCAAGGUAUCUAUCGUAGAUCUGGCAGGUUCCGAGCGUGGUGCUAAGACGGGCGCAACUGGACUACGGAUGCAGGAGGCUAGUAAGAUCAACAGUUCUCUAAUGAAUCUCAUGCGAUGUCUUGAGACUUUGCGCUGGAACCAGCAACAUCCGCCAAGUUUGCAAAAAAUGGUCCCAUUUCGCGAAUCCAAGCUCGCGCGUCUUUUCCAAGAACAUCUUGUGGGAAACGAUCACGGGCCAUUGGUAAUGAUUGUAGCAGUAAAUCCAUCCAGUCACGAGUUUGACGAGACCUUGCGCACGCUUAAAUACAGUGCCAUUGCGCGCGAAUUAGUCAAAACGCGUACGUCAAUUCCUAGGAAGGCUACUCUAACGGCUACGUUCUACGACUUAGAUGGGCGGUUAAAAAAGCGGAGACGGCAAUCGAGUGAAGUAUCUGCAUCUCAAGCUUUGAUACCGCAAACGGCUUUAGGUACCUUGGAAACACAAACAGCUGCGGCAUUUCCCCCGUCCAGAGUCAAAGCCAAGCACCGAAAAAGCGACUCUGCAUGUCGUCAACGCAAGUUGGCCGCACUGACUGUGGCUAAACCGAAAAUGGUUGAGAUGGGUACAUCUCCUAUGGAAUCGCGGAUGGAUAUCGCUAAAAGAGAUUUGCAUUGGGCCACAUUGGAAUUAGAGAAUGAGCAACUUCGAGGACAAUUGGCAGAGGUCUUAGCUGGAGAGAUGCAGAUGGAGGUACGCAUUCGUGCAGAGGUUGUUGAAGAAAUGCGCGAGCAGUUGCAGCAGAUUCGCGCGCAGUAUCAAAGCAAUCAACAUCAACAACGCGAGGAUCUGCCUUCGGCACGUAAGAAACGCGAACGGCAACACGCUGAAGAAUGCGAAAGACUCCACGCGCGCGUGCAGGAACUGCGCGGAAAAGUGCGAGAGUGUGAGGACGAAAUUCAGCGCAUUCACAAGCGGUACCAAGCAGAACUUAAUAAAUUGCAACCCAAAGUUGUACCAGUAGAAGAUGAUUGA